AGCUGUAGCCGAGAGAGGAGCUCAGAGUCUAGCGCAGCCACCGCGAUGAGAGGCGCUCGCGGCGCCUGGGAUCUGCUCUGCGUCCUGUUGGUCCUGCUCCGUGGCCAGACAGGGACUUCUCAGCCAUCUGCGAGUCCAGGGGAGCCGUCUCCACCAUCCAUCCAGCCAGCCCAGUCAGAGUUAAUAGUCGAAGCCGGCGACACCAUCAGGCUGACGUGCGCUGACCCCGCCUUUGUCAAAUGGACUUUCGAGAUCCUCGAUGUAAGGAUUGAGAAUAAGCAGAGCGAAUGGAUUCGAGAAAAAGCCGAGGCCACUCACACGGGCAAAUACACGUGCAUCAGCGGCAGCGGCCUCAGGAGCUCUAUUUACGUGUUCGUUAGAGAUCCUGCCGUACUUUUCCUGGUUGGCCUUCCCUUGUUUGGCAAAGAAGACAACGACGCACUGGUCCGCUGCCCCCUGACAGACCCACAGGUGUCCAAUUACUCCCUCAUUGAGUGUGAUGGGAAAUCUCUCCCCACGGACCUGAAGUUCGUCCCCAACCCCAAGGCUGGCAUCACCAUCAAAAACGUGAAGCGCGCCUACCACCGGCUGUGCAUCCGGUGUACUGCCCAGCGUGAGGGCAGAUGGAUGCGGUCUGACAAAUUCACCCUCAAAGUGAGGGCAGCCAUCAAAGCUAUCCCAGUGGUGUCUGUGCCCGAAACCAGUCAUCUCCUUAAGGAAGGGGACACAUUUACGGUGAUAUGCACCAUAAAAGACGUGUCUACAUCCGUGGACUCCAUGUGGAUAAAGUUGAACCCUCGGCCUCAGAGCAAAGCCCAGGUAAAGCGCAAUAGCUGGCAUCAGGGCGACUUCAAUUACGAACGCCAGGAGACGCUGACUAUCAGCUCAGCAAGAGUUAACGAUUCCGGAGUGUUCAUGUGUUAUGCCAAUAAUACUUUUGGAUCAGCAAAUGUCACAACAACCUUGAAAGUAGUAGAAAAGGGAUUCAUCAACAUCUUCCCUGUGAAGAACACUACGGUAUUUGUAACUGAUGGGGAAAAUGUAGACUUGGUUGUUGAGUUCGAGGCCUACCCUAAACCUGAACACCAGCAGUGGAUCUACAUGAACAGGACGUCUACUAACAGAGGGGAGGAUUAUGUCAAAUCCGAUAACCAAAGCAACAUCAGAUAUGUGAAUGAACUUCGCCUGACCAGAUUGAAAGGCACAGAAGGAGGCACUUACACCUUUCUGGUGUCCAACUCUGAUGUCAGUGCUUCCGUGACAUUUGAUGUUUAUGUGAACACAAAACCAGAAAUCCUGACAUAUGACAGGCUCAUGAAUGGCAGGCUCCAGUGUGUGGCGGCGGGAUUCCCGGAGCCCACAAUAGAUUGGUAUUUUUGUACAGGGGCAGAGCAAAGGUGUACCGUUCCUGUCCCACCAGUGGACGUACAGAUCCAGAACACGUCUGUGUCGCCAUUUGGAAAACUGGUGGUUCAGAGUUCCAUAGACUCCAGCGUCUUCCGGCACAACGGCACGGUGGAGUGUAAGGCCUCCAACGCUGUGGGCAAGAGCUCCGCCUUCUUUAACUUUGCAUUUAAAGGUAACAGCAAAGAGCAAAUCCAGCCCCACACCCUGUUCACGCCGCUGCUCAUUGGCUUCGUGGUCACAGCCGGCUUGAUGGGGAUCAUUGUGAUGGUUCUCGCCUACAAAUAUUUGCAGAAACCCAUGUAUGAAGUACAAUGGAAGGUUGUCGAGGAGAUAAAUGGGAACAAUUAUGUUUACAUAGACCCGACGCAGCUUCCUUACGACCACAAAUGGGAGUUUCCCAGAAACAGGCUGAGUUUUGGAAAAACCUUGGGAGCUGGUGCCUUUGGGAAGGUGGUUGAGGCCACUGCCUAUGGCUUGAUUAAGUCGGAUGCCGCCAUGACGGUUGCCGUGAAGAUGCUCAAACCAAGUGCCCAUUUAACGGAAAGGGAGGCCCUAAUGUCAGAACUGAAGGUCCUGAGCUACCUGGGUAAUCACAUGAAUAUCGUCAACCUCCUUGGAGCGUGCACCGUGGGAGGGCCCACCCUGGUCAUUACAGAAUACUGUUGCUAUGGUGAUCUUUUGAAUUUCUUGAGAAGAAAGCGUGACUCGUUUAUUUUCUCAAAGCAAGAAGAACAGGCAGACGCCGCACUUUAUAAGAACCUUCUGCAUUCAAAGGAGUCUUCCUGUGACAGCUCAAACGAGUACAUGGACAUGAAGCCUGGCGUUUCCUAUGUCGUACCAACCAAGACAGACAAAAGGAGAUCCGCAAGAAUAGACUCGUAUAUAGAAAGAGAUGUGACUCCUGCCAUCAUGGAAGAUGACGAGCUGGCUCUGGACCUGGAAGAUUUGCUGAGCUUUUCCUACCAGGUGGCCAAGGGCAUGGCGUUCCUCGCCUCCAAGAACUGUAUUCACAGAGAUUUGGCAGCCAGGAAUAUCCUCCUCACUCACGGGCGGAUCACAAAGAUUUGCGAUUUCGGCCUAGCCAGAGACAUCAGGAAUGAUUCGAAUUACGUGGUAAAAGGAAACGCACGGCUGCCCGUGAAGUGGAUGGCACCGGAGAGCAUUUUCAACUGCGUGUACACAUUUGAAAGUGACGUCUGGUCCUAUGGGAUUUUCCUUUGGGAGCUAUUCUCUCUAGGAAGCAGCCCCUACCCAGGGAUGCCGGUCGAUUCCAAGUUUUACAAGAUGAUCAAGGAAGGUUUCCGGAUGCUCAGCCCAGAGCACGCGCCUGCCGCAAUGUAUGAAGUCAUGAAGACUUGCUGGGAUGCUGACCCCCUGAAAAGGCCAACAUUCAAGCAGGUUGUUCAGCUCAUUGAGAAGCAGAUCUCAGACAGCACCAAACAUAUUUACUCCAACUUAGCAAACUGCAACCCCAACCCAGAGAACCCCGUGGUGGUGGACCAUUCUGUGAGGGUCAAUUCCGUCGGCAGCAGCACCUCUUCCACACAGCCUCUUCUCGUGCAUGAGGACGCCUGAGUAGAAACGGAGCCUGAUGGGCUUUGCUGUGGUCUCCAACCCCAUUCUUCUGGCUUCUAUGAUGGUUAUUUUGUUUUCCUUUGACUUGCAUCCUACUCCAGGGUAGCGGGAUCCCCGCCCCACCCCCAACCCCACUGUGAUUCUGCCUUUUAUGAGCACACUUUAGUGGCUGAUGGCCUUUCCUUUUCGCCAUUAGCCACCAUCCCACCGCGAAGGUCCGAACCGUAUGUAUAUAUUUUCCCAUUAGCAAAGUAGCCCCUACUGUAAACGGAAGGCCUCCUGCUUUAGAGGAGGAAGGGUAGGGUGGAACGGGGAUGCCCGGAGUUCUUCACAGUGCUCCUCCGAGUGUGUUUGAAAAGUAUGGCCAGUAGUUCAUUUGAAGAGUUUAGAAGUAGUCCCGUUUUGGCCCAGAGAGCCUUCCAUAAUGACGGGCAGAUGUAUGUAGCAAGACUAGAAAGGGAAACCCAAGCCCUGUGUGUGGAAAGUAGACCAUUAUUAGAACCGAGGACACAUGAGAACAUCUAGGCCUAAGAAGUCUGGUCAUGCUGAGAACGAGACCUAGGCUGAGAAGGCGCGAGCCCUGGAAGCAUGGACAUAGACGCUCUGUUCUGGGCCGCCGCGCGGGCUUUUGUACAACUGACCUGGUUUUUAAAUAGUCUGCUGUUGGGGAGUAGAAUUGGAGACAAGGCCUCCUCCCUAGCCAGCGUUUGUAUAUACUCACUGUACGUUGUAUGCGUUCAUACUUUGGAGCGGGGGAUCCCCCCACAAGCUUUAGUUUCUGUGUACAACCCUGGCAUUAGGUCUGCUGUAUGUAAGAAUAGAUUUAAUUAAGAGCCAUACAAAUUUGAAGGAAACAGUUAAUGUUUUGGUUUUUGAUUGUCCUUUUGUUUUGUUUUGUUUGUUUGUUUUUUUGUCUUGUUUUUGGAAAAUGUAACUGCUAAGCACAAUCUUUAUAAGACCUCUUUGCCAACAAUGUACUCGCUCUGUAGAUGCUCCGGGACAAGCCUCCCAUGCCAGAGUGGCUUUGCAGGCGAGAGAGAGAUGAUGCUGUUUGAAAAGGUUACCGUCUUACCUGUGAUUCCCACAGGAUGGAGAAAACAGUGCGGGUCCCGGUUUGGAUUCUCACCUCGCAGGAAAUGAAAGUCAGACUCAGCCUUUUACAGGCGCGUCCCGGACAUCCGUCGGGCCGGUAGCUAUGUGAGUGUGUAUGUGUGUGCAUGCGUGUGUAUAUGCGUGUGGGUGAGUUAUGCUGGAGGGUCCUCCUCCAGGAUCUGUGAUAGAGCAGCUCCCAUCGCUGCUCCUGUCUCUCUCCUGCUUCCCUGCAUGGCGCUCGCUGUCUAGAAGAGUUUACCCAAAGCCACCACAGAGGCUAGCGGAGUGGAGUGCGGAAGGCCCUAUGUAUCUGAAACCCUCCUGCACUUAACACUCUUAUCUUAGUGAACAUACUGUACCCAUUCCUUAGACCUUUCGUAAUGCUGGCAUCCCAGGCAAACAUAGUUAACAUGUACCCCGUAGACUGGGGCCUGGAUGCUCCCUCGUCAUCCCCCGCGUUGCCCGGGACCACUGUCUGGCAUAAGGGGCCAGCGUGUACCUGGCAACAUUCAUGUGUUGUCCUACAAGAUUCAGGCAUGUUGCCUUCACGGCCUUCCCCACCCCCUCCUGCCCUGGAUCCUUUAGCCCACACUUAGAGACGUGUGGCCAUUAACCUGGAAGUGAUCGUUUGCACUGGAGUGCUACACUCUUGCACCUUUCCAAAGUUAGCUGGUUCUCGGGUCGUGUUGUCACGUACGAGACUGUCACCGUUUAACCGUGCUCUGUCUGAAACAUUUCUUUGUAUUCCUAUUGGCUUCAGUGUCGACUAAGGAGAAUAGCUGUUAACUGUGGACGUCAGGUACUUCAGGGGCACACCAUUGAGAAUUUUGUCUUGGAUAUUCUUGAAAGUUUAUAUUUUUAUAAUUUUUUUUUUACAUCAGAUGUCAGAUGUUUCUUUUAGUUGCUUGCUGUUUGGAAUUAUUACGUGGCUUUUUUUGUAAAUAUUGAAAUGUAGCAAUAAUGUCUUUUGAAUAUUCCUGAGCCCCAUGAGUCCCUGAAAAUAUUUUUUAUAAAUACAGUAACUUUAUGUGUAAAUAAUAAGCCGUGCAAGUUUAAAGACGUCGUGUUCCACGUGGGUUUUUUCUGAUAUGUUGUCCAACUGUUGACAGUUCUGAAGAAUUCUAAUAAAAAUGUAAAUAUAUAAAUCAAAUAUA